AUGCGUUGCUUGAUCCUCUUCCCGGUUUUUUCUAUUACCUAUGUGUUUUCGGCUCAGAUGGAAACGGUCAUCCCGGAUAAGUUCUUUGGCCGAUUCGUUCUUGAACGAAGCGAGAAUUUCGACGAAUUUCUUGCAGCCAAAGGUGUGAAUUGGUUCGUGAGGAAGAUGAUUCAGUUCGCCAGUGUUACGAAAGUCAUCUCGAAAAACGAAAACUCUGGGUACAACUUGGAUAACUUGACAUCAAAGAAAAAUACCCUCUACCAUGGCUGGAAGUUGGGUGAAACAUUCGAAGCAGACGGUAUGGACGACGUUCGGCACAAUAUCACGUUCAACUUCGAGAACGAUACCCUCACCGAGAAACAUGUACGACUGAAUGAUCCAAAUGACAAGGGAGAAACGUAUUACUAUAAUAUCGAUGCUGACGACAAGCUUGUUCUGGUGAUUUUACUUUUCACAUCUAUUUUUUCUCGUUCUUUCGAUUCGGUUAAGAAUUUCUAA